UAAAUAUGAGCUGCAAAUGCUUUCCUCGUACUUUAGUUUACGAAUAUAGUAUUAUGAUGUCUCAAGAAACCCAAAACAUCUCCCAAAAGAAACACUGUGGUGCACAGUAGGAAGUCCUCCCAGCUGCCCAAGCCUAAAAGAGGUAUACUAAAGUCAGGCCAGAGCAAUUAAGAAUCUCCUAUUUGGAAGGGUUACUAUAGAUAAUGAGGCCAGUCGAGGGAUAAGUCCUGAAGUGUCACUAAAAUAUAGUAGUAAUAAUGAACAAAUUAAAUCAGAGCAAUCAGCUGGUAAGGGAGCCAGUGUCCAGUCGUUACAACUGGGUUCCUUUCUGAAGCCGGUUCCUGUGUAUCACUCCACAUCACAGCAGAACAAAAAUUGACCAAAAUCGCGUAAACACUCAACCCCUGUGAUGAUAUUCCAAGAAACUAAAUUUGAACCUAGGAAGAGUAGUUUUUACAAGAAAUUAGUUCCACAUCCGAAAAGAAAUACUGCUGCAGCACCUAUGAUUCAAGGCUUUCCCAUUGAUAUACUCCCAAAUGUCCCUACCAAGUUCAACUCUCCUAUACCAGCCUACAACACAGACGACUCAGCUACAAGCGGUUACUCCAGUUCUGUAAAUCCUUUUCCUUAAUCUUAAAUAUUACCUUAACUGCACCUCUAGCUUUCUAAUACCUCUAAAAAUCUC